CACAACUGACAACCUUGGAUUUUUUUAAGUGAUCUUAAAUAAAUUUGUAAAUGGAACAUGUCAUUAGAAAAGUCUGUUGAGAAGGUUUGAACAUUUAAAAUAGGUUAUCAUUGAUGUGCUUAGUUAUUUACAAUAGUAAAACCAGAAAAAAGUUUAUAUAUCUAUUUUCUGGUUACAAUCUUAUAGUUUACGACGGCUGUAUGAGUUAUGCCUUGGUUUAGUUUAAAAAGUAAUAUCCAUAAAUAAAAUUUAGGCAUUGUCAGUGAUGUUACCCAUCAGUUUAAGCAAUUGUUGGUAUAGUUGAGAGGGAUUUUGUUUAAAAAAAUAUUUUAACGACCCGGUUUCCUAUUUAAGCAUAUCACACUAACGUGUACGUUAACCGGACUGUAAACAUGCAGUUUAAUUAACAAAUAUAAUACUAAUAGUUAAGUGGAAUUUAUUUUAUCGCUCAGUUUUGACCUAUUAAACUAUUUAGCGCUUAUUCCAGCGCUGCUUCGUUACACUUUGAGAGUCGAUAUAAUAAAACAGUACAUACGCAUAUUCUUAAAGUGUUAAUUUCGCAUUAAUCUCAGUCCAUCAUGAAAUUAAUUAAAGAUUUACGAAACUCCGUAUAGUAUGUGAUAAUAAACUAAUCUUAGGUCAAGUUCACUAUGUUUCGUUUAGCGAAAUGUAAAAAAAAACGUCAGUCUAAACGCCGCCCGCAUCCGAUGUGAUUGCUUCCCGUUAUGUACCUACUUGAUUACGAAAUAUGUUUUUGUUGUUUUUGGCUAUAUUUUUCUGUUGCGGCCUCUGUGACAGCGAGGAGGGCGAUCUUGGAUACAGUUUGAACAUCGGCAAUGCAAUAGAUGUGUUCGCCAAUUACGGAGAUUUAUCUCAAGUAACCCAAGUGGUAUCUGCUGAUUAUGAAGAUGAGAACGAGGACUCGAUAGAGCCUUUCAGAGAGAAAAAUAUCAGGGUAUUCGAAAAUGUCAGCAGUGUCGAGAGACUUGGAGACACUAUGAUGGACAUGACAAUACUGCUAUGUGAGACCUUCGAAGAUUUGCUGUCCACUUACUUUCAGAACUUCAAAAUAGAAGGUACAGAAAAACCAUGGAAGGCGUUUUUGGGAGACUGGAUCUACGACGAGAUCAUGAGGACAUUUGGCAUUGAAUUUGAUUCGAAAUCUGACAACUGCUGUUAUGUUCUGGUCAAGCUGUCAAAAGUAUACAAAUCUGUCAAAAUGGACACAUCCAAGGAUAUCCGGGUGAAGGAAUAUGUCCGAUAUGCUGUUGACAAUUUAAAUGUGUCAAAUUCGGCGGAAGUGAGACGAUUUAUGAAAAGCUACGGCACACACUACAUAGACUCAUACGUGACCGGAAAUUUCAUAUAUCAGGUUUUUAAAUACAAACGAUCAGGUUACAAUCUUCUUAAGUCUUAUAUACGACUACAGGAUCGUCGUAAAAGUAAUUCUGAUAGCCUAAGGUUCUAUUUCUCUUCCUACUUCCUUAAACAAGUCGGGGAUAUCAGGAUCGCCAGUGGUAAUAAGAACUUGGAAGAAUGGUCUAGAAAUAACUUACGUGACAGCCAAUAUCUGUUUUCAAGACCGAGUCUCUUAAGACUUCAUUAUAAUCCUAUACUAGCGUUCAAACUCAACAGUAUGCUGGACAACGGAGCCCUACUGGGCCUCGGAUUGAAAAUAUUGAAACCUAUAUUCAAGGAUAAGUACAAAAUGGACAAAUAUAGUGAAAUUGUUGAAAACGACCUCAAACUGUGGGAAGUCAACGCAUAGGAGAACGGAUAUUUAGUCAAAACAUCACCUCAUUCUUACACCAGUAUUUAAUUAAAGAAAACUAAGUAACUUAAA